UGGAUCUGUGCAGCUCUGCCUGUGUGGACAAAGCCUCAGCUCUCCGCAGUGUUGAUUGGCUGGUUCCUUGUUGAUAUCCUGUCAAUCUACGAGUCAAAGGACUCGGUCAGUGUUUGCUAGCAUAGCAUGCGGCGCUGCAGACCCAACCAGGAAGUCAACAAAGUUGCUAAUUAAUAUUAGCUUCACUUUGAUUUCCAUCCACUAACGCUCAAACAACGGCAUGAGUUCCGCUGGUCCUCCGACGAUUGGGGAUUUAUUCCUCAUCCUCAGCGAGAUGGGGUUCUCACAGGAACAGAUCCAGGCAGCUGUACAGGCAGGGCAUUUUUCUGUGUCAGACGCGGCUGAGUGGCUCUUGCAGGGUCAGUUUCCACGGCACAGGUUGGUCAAGCAUCCAUCACAGCCAGCUGAGACAGCAUUUUCUGCUUUCAACCCACCCAAAGAGGCAGCAGGCACUUCAGAGACACAGAAAUCUCCUUCUGACAGCAGAGCAUCCCCUUCACUGGUGCUGAGACCAUCAAAAUCAGGUGCCCUGUCCCCAGAGCCGCUACCAGUCGAGUCUCGAAUCAAACAGGACAAGAGUGACUUUGAAGAGCAGCAGAGACAACGUGUUGCGCAGGAGGCCAGAGCAGAGAGAAGACAAAAGAAACAGGAGCGUGAGUUGGUGUUGAAGCGGAUAGCUGAGGAUCGGAGGAGCUUGCAGGAGAAGAACCAGGGCAGCGCUGCCACAGAGACGUCUCCUCCCAGUGGUCAGGGGCAGAAGCUCGGAGGAAAGAUUCAGACUAAUGUGGACAACAACUGCGUCCUCAUGAUUCGGCUCCCAUCCGGCGAGUCCAUGCGUGAGCGUUUCCCAGCUGAUGCUCCUCUGCGCAGUGUCGUGGAGCACAUCACCGGACGCCACCCCUCCCUACCCUCCUUUUCCCUCCUCCAGGGUUUUCCACGGAAACGCUUUGGCGAGGCAGAGCUUGCCUGUUCGCUGCGCUCUCUUGGCCUCACGCCCAACGCUGCGCUGUGUAUUCAGACCACUCCACCAGAGACACCCCAGGAUCCUCAGAGUCCUGCAGAUCCACCAUCAGUGGGGCAGAAUGUCCUGUCUCCUUGUGAUGUGUCUCCUCAGCCACAGAUCCCUGUCCUGGAGAGGGCGAGAGGACAAGACCACGUUCUGCCUCCUCCACUACCCAACCAGCUGUGGGAGGAGGCUGUGAAUUACGCAGGGAUACCUGGAGCUGGUCCCUCACUCUCUGGGCCGUCUCACUUCUGGGGCCGUGGCCAGAGGUUGGUUCCCGGUAAUGCUGAGGAAGCUGCUGGCAUCGAGGUUGAUGAGGAGCAAGGAGAAGAGGAAGAACCGCCUAACAUGCUUAACGGAAUGCCGAGGCUGCCUUUCUUUCCGGAGAACCGGAUUCGUGGAGAAUUUGAGCCCAGGCACCACUGGCCAGAGCAAGGCAAUCGACUCAGGGAGGCUCCAGAAGAGGACCCCGCAGAGCCUGAAGAUGCAGGAGGUCGGGCAGCGCCUGGAGCUGCGGGUCAGGCUGCAGUGGAGCGUCUUCAGAGAGCUGCACAGCAAGAAGACCCCCGUGCAUCCCAGGGACAACCGUCACCCCCUAAAAGACCCUUCAGGGCACCCAGCGUGCCGUCCCUAUGUGCCUUGGCCACCCGUGCAACUGUCCACCUCAUGACUGCUCCCAGCAUGCAGUACAGCAGCAGCCUGGCAUGCCUCACCCCAGAGCUUGCGGAGCUUCUGCUCAACCACAUGUCCCGUGAGAGGCUCCUGCGUCCCCGCACCUUGGAGCUCUUCUUCGGCUGCCCGUUGCAGAAGUUUGUCCUGAACAACUACCCUUACUCCACCAAUGAGCUCCUGCGGCAGUUACGGGCCUUCACAGCGCUGAAGCAUCUGAGUCUGGUCAACUCACCUCUAAUCACUGACUCUGGGCUGUCAAUCCUGUCCAGCCUGAUCAAACUCCAGUACCUUAACCUGGCCUCCUGUAGCAAACUGACCGACUCCUGUCUGCAGCAUAUCACAGGUUUGAAGAGCCUGUGUUUCCUGUCCCUGGACCAGACAAAAGUGACGGAUGCUGGGAUGGUACUAUAUCUUCAGUCAGCUCCAUCUUCUCUCUCUCAGCUCAGCCUGAACCAGACGGCUGUGACUGAAGCCACACUGGUGGUCCUGCGCGCCUGCGUGCCACAACUGCGGCUCCUCAGCAUCAAGCACACUAAGGUCAGGGAUGUGUCAGCUCUGGCAGAAAUGUCCAGCCUGCAGACUCUCAACCUGGAUGGGACAGGUGUGACAGAGAGCUCCCUGGAGCACCUGGCCACCCACCCUGCCCUGUCUUCCCUCAGUUUGGCAGGAAUCCCCGUAGCGGAUGGCAAUCAGGCCCUGCAGAUCAUCUCAGGUCUUAAGUUGACUCAGCUGACCCUCCCUGGGCGCCACUCUGUGACAGACAGCGGGUUGUCAUUCCUCUCGAGACUGUCUCUGCUCUCAGAGCUGGACCUGACAGACUACACACAAGUCACAGACCAAGGAGUCAGCCAGCUCUCCACCAUGAACAGGUUGAAGAAGCUGUCACUUAGCAACACGCAGGUGACAGAUGCGGGGCUUCCCUCGCUGCGUGGCCUGCAGGAGCUGCAGGAGCUCUGUUUGGACCGAACAGCAGUCACCAGCCGAGGAGUGGCCGAACUCAUCACCUGUCUGCCGCACCUCCAGGUGUUGGGGUUAGCCAGCACUCAGGUGGGGGACACAGUCGUGAGGAGAGGUCUGAUCCGCUGCAAGGAGCUUGUGAAGCUGAAUCUCAGCCGUACACGGAUCACAGACCACGGUCUGAAGUUCCUGAAACACAUGCACCUGGCUCAGGUGAACCUGGACGGCACCGGUGUGACUCUGAUGGGCAUUGCGAGCCUCCUCUCCUUCACCAACAUCAGCAGCAUUCGGGCCAGCAACACUCGCAGCAUUCCUCCUGACGAGGUCUCGGAUGAGGAGUGGGAAGCCCAGUAAGCGUUGAUACUUUCAGUUGGUCCACGCAUACUGUACCAGAGCACGACUAUGACUGCUGCGGUCCCCUUUUAACCCCCCUAAACAUGCUGCCCAAAACAGCAUAACUGAAACACUCCUCCUAUUUGCACUGUUUCAACUGCAGCUUGUGCCACUAAUCUGUCAAUCACGCACGCUACCAAGUUGAAACCUUAAACGGGAGCCUGGUUAUUAAAAACUAGGUCAUCAAUAACGUUUACAUAUAUAGAAUCAAUCCGCAUUUACUUGCAUACACUGCAGCCCUUUGUCUGUGGACAAACUCCACCUGACAAACUUAAAGCUUUACGUGCAGCCUUAUAGGUUGGAGCAAUCCGUGUUUCUCCUGGUUGGCACUUGUGGAGCUGACUAGCAGUAACAUAUUUAAUGUUGGAAAUGUAACAUAUAACACAGCAUGUAUUUUGAGACUGUAAUGAAUAACAGCCAGGUGUGUGUUUAAGUUAAAUGACAACCUUAAUAACAAAUUGUCAAUUCAACCAAAUGUGGUUGGAUUUUUUUUUUAUUUUUUUUUUUUAAGGACGUGAAGGCAGAUAAUGUCUUCCUGUAAUCAUUCUGUCACCUUAUUGAAACUAACAUUGAAUCUUGAGCUGUAUUCAUAUCAUUUGGGUUCAUUAGCUGAAUAAAUAUUGAAUGAGGAUUUCCCCAGACUUCACACCAGCCUCCUAAUGUUCAUUUUAUUUGUUAGCUUGAAUAUUUGGCACUACUAUUGCACAACACGUGCAGCCAACACUACUGCAGGUGAUGUCAGCUGUCCGAGAUGGUAAAAAUAUAGUUACCUCAGCUGAAGACGAGAGAUGUCAGCUCCUGCUGGUUUGUGAUUGGUUUGGAAUUCAUAAAGAUUAAAAGAAUGCCUUUUUUGCGCCUUUAUGGCAGCGUAAUGUUGCCACCAUGACUUCGGUACGUAGUGAUAACGAGAAUAGAUGUUAAAAUGUUUGACGGAUCUCGCAAAGUAACAAUCUUGUUACAAGAAACUGAACAUUUCUUGUAAUGGUGGCAGCAAAAUGCAGCUGUACUUUACGUCAUGUUGCUCCUAUUUGACGUGAACACAGCUUUACUGUAAGAGCUUAUAAUGGAGUUUUUAUAACUUGUGAUGUCACCUGUAUGGAUGUUAGUUUACAGCAAACCGCAAGUCACUGAAAAACUACUUUUCCCCUUUUAAGUGCAUCCUGGCGAUGCUUCGGAUUCGGUUGUUUAAUGAACGGCUGUCAUAUUAUGCUCUUUUAUUAGCGUUAGUUAUGCCAAGACUUGCCAGUAUUUGAGUUGGACAGCACAGCCGUUUUCUGUUACGUGGAAAGCAGGGUGAGCAGCGUACAUGUAGUGUAGUGGCUGUGGGAUGAGGUAGGAUCUAUGCAGCCAAGGGGCUCACAAGCCAGAAUCCAAAGCAACUUCUUUAAUCACUUCAAGUUUUGUCCUCAUGUUUACAGAGAUGUAAAAUAGUUUAUUUUCCCUAAAGGCUUUUGAUUUUUGGAUAUGAGCACUGUAUUCAUUAAGUGUAAAAUGAAUAAAGUCUUCUGAAUCUAAACAUGCAGUUUUUAUGUUCUGUUUAUUCAGACAACCCUUUAUUGCAUUACAUUGUUAAAUAAGGCAGAACUGCUCUUUUUACACAGAAAAAAAAGUCAACUUUUAAAUAUCAUAAAAUAUGACCUAAAAGCUGCUGCAUGUUGGGAUAAAACAGAAC